UGAUUACUUUUGCCUAGCAGAUCAGUCGCUUUCUGUUGAUCGAUAAGCAUUGCCAGAAACAGUUGCAUCCCAUACCUAUUUCAGACGAAAACAUGAAGGCGUCAAAGUGUUCCCGCAUAAUCCAAUGGUUUCACAUUUCAUACGAUGACAAACGUAUCCUAUCGUAUCUGAUCGGUGCCUUGGCAACGGUUUUCGGAACUGUGAUAUACGCAAUGGUAGCGGCACAUAAGUUUGGGGCACUUGGCGGGGAAGGCUGCCUCUCGUUGUCCUAUGUUUACAAUCUGGAGCUUUCAUUGCUGACGGUGAUGCUGCUGGUGUACUAUGCAGCUUCAUGUGCAUUCUUCUGGGGGAUUUACAAGGAGCAGUCGCAGUACAUAUUGCCAUUCUUUUGUCUUUUGGUGGCUACCAUGGGAUUCAUCGGACAUGCUCACAUUGAAAGGAUGCUGUUCGAGGUCAAUGAAGACGAGCGACGGUUCGUUAUAAUGGCAUUUGUGUUUACGACAGCUGUGCUGGUGUUUACCAGUGCAAUCACGCUGCUGCUGUACCGGGAAAUGAAUAAUCUUCGACGAAACAAGGAGGACUUCAACGAACUGUUUGCUCCUGAAGAGAAAUAUUGAGAACUGCGUUAUAUCACUUGUGUUAAGAGUUAGUACAUUGGUGUGACCUGUUAGUUAUAAUAAAUUUACAUUAUAUUUGUUUCUGGUUUCGAGAAAGAGCUUUUUUUACAUGUCUCUUGGUGAAAAUGUAUCACCGGGUUACUUAUGACGAAUAUCAUUAUUUAGUUGAAAAAAGGUUUUAGUAAAUGACGGCUUCGCUUAACCUUUACCCAUUAUAUUCAGGGGUUAAUGAAGUCCAUUAU